CCGAAGAGGAUGGGACCGACGUGGCUGGCUUCUGGAGGCGGAGCCGAGGCUAGAGAGGCGGGGGGAGUCCCGAGAAGGAGACGCAGCUGGAUGGCAGGGGCAGCCCGGAGCUCCCCGGUGUCGCACGGGAUUGACCAGCCAGGCUGAGGCUGCACAGUGAUGAUUGGGGAAUGGCUGCUUCUCCAUGGAACUCUCUCCUUCUUGAUGCUUACGGCUGCCUGCCAGGCCCACGACCUUCCACUGAGCCAGGCUGACAAUGAGGCUAGUCCCCUGUGUGAAAAGGAGACCGAGUCCUGGGGGGCCAUAUUCAGCGAGGAGCGCCUGGAUGCUUGGAUCUGUUCUCUGAUUGGUUCAGUUAUGGUUGGGCUGAGUGGGGUCCUUCCCCUGCUGGUAAUUCCUUUUGAGACAGGGGCAGCACUGAAGUCAGAAGAGGGAUCCCAUCGGAUGAAGCAGUUCUUGAGCUUUGCCAUUGGUGGGCUCCUGGGAAAUGUUUUUCUGCACCUGCUCCCAGAGGCCUGGGCCUACACCUGCAGUGCCACUGCAGGAGAAGGGCAGAGUUUCCAGCAGCAGAAGCUCCUGGGACUCUGGGUGAUCAUUGGUUUGCUGACCUUCCUGAGCCUCCAGAAGAUGUUCCCAGACAGUGGAAAGGAAGGAAGCUCCAGCUUGGUCAGUGAUUCCAAAGCACCUGCUAAACGGAUUCCAAAUGGGAGCAGUUUCUCUGCUGUGCAGGAGGCAGCCAGUCCAGUCCAAAGAAAGAAGUUGGGCACAGCUCAGAGUAAUGGUUCUUCUCACUUGUCUUCGCUACCAGCCCAGAAGAUCAAGAUCAGCGGAUACCUCAAUCUUUUGGCCAACACAAUAGAUAAUUUCACACAUGGCCUGGCAGUGGCAGCCGGCUUUUUGGUUAGCAGAAAGGUUGGGCUCCUGACCACUAUGGCAAUCCUUCUGCAUGAAAUUCCCCAUGAGGUGGGAGAUUUUGUCAUCCUCCUUCGUGCUGGCUUUGAUCGCUGGAGCGCAGCCAAAUUACAGCUCUCCACAGCCCUUGGAGGCAUUCUUGGUGCUUGCUUUGCAAUUUGUGCUCAGUCACCUAAAGGGACAGGGGAAACCAUCGCUUGGAUUCUCCCAUUUACCUCGGGGGGCUUUUUAUACAUCGCCUUGGUAAAUGUCGUGCCCGAUCUCUUAGAAGAGAAGAAUCCUUGGAACUCAGUGCAACAAGUACUCCUCCUGUGUACUGGCAUCAUUGUCAUGGUGCUUCUCUCAUUCACUACCGAAUGAGCGACUCCUGCUCCGGCUGCCUUCUGCUGCUUCCCAAAGCUGCCUUCAUUCUGAACUGUUACAGAGCAAUAAGGGACACCAUUGAAUUUUUGUUUUGUGUGCCUGUGGAUUUGGCUGCUGCUACGAGAGGCAAAUCAGGGAUGCCUGGUUCUGGAGGGGAAUACUGGACUCCAUUUCUUGUUUCUAAAGCUCCACAGGCCAGGACUUCCAAAGUAUUGAGAAAAGAAAGUGGGGUGGCUGGAUUUUUCUUUUUCAAGUUGUGUGUGUGGUUAAAAAGUAAUAAUUUAAAUGAACAAAAACCAACCAGCAAUGAAGAGAGGAACUGCUUUUGUUGAAAUGGGCAGUGUUGCCAGUUUGGACUUGAUGUGUGCUAGAAUAAAAAGGCAGGUUGCAAUGUCAGCGUAGAAAUGAAAGAAUUAUCUUCCAUCCCAGGCCAAAAUACCUGGUUAUUUCAUAUAGGAAACCACAAUAUACCUGGUCAGACUUACAUUAGUCCCUCUAGCCUAGCAGUAUGUACUCUGACUUGCAGUGGCUCUCCAGGAUCUUGGGCAAGGAAGGCUCUGGUACCCAAGAUCCCUUUCAAACUAGAGAUAGUAAGUAGGGAUUGAAUCUGGGACUUUUUGCAUGGAAAUCAUAAGUGCUACCGUUGAGCUAUGGAAACCUUCUCCCGCCCUGCCAUAAAAUUGCUUUCUGGACCUUCUAGGAUGAGGUCUGCUACUGCCUGAUCCUGUCCCUCUCCCUAAGCAGUAACUGAAGAUCCAGUUGGAUUGAAGCAUUAUAACUGAAAUCAGUAUUCACGUUGGAAACCUUUGGAGAGGUUGUUCAAUGCCUGCCUCUAACCAACGAACCUGGCUAUAAUGCCUGGUUUACAGCUGUACAGCUUAAACUGGGAAGAGUUCCUCAGGCUUUCAAAUCAUAAGGUAGUAUGGAAGUAGCAGGCUCUGCCUUUCUGGAUCUGUCUCGGCCCCUGUGACACAUUUUGCAUUCCUUUUGGGUGACCUGGUAGCUCCUUGCUGAGUGAGCUGGCUUGCUUUACAAAAAAUAUAGGAAAAGGAAGAUUUUCUGGAUGUGCAACUGUGCAGGGUCAAACAAAGAGGAAUGACUACUGGCCACUCAGCGCCAGCACAGAAGAUUAAAGUCAGGACUGUCAAGAAAACUAAAUGUUACAAUUUAUAGUUUAAAAAUGGAAGUAAACGUAGCUUGACAGCCUAAUUCGAAUAGACCCUUCAGUUGCCAAACAGUGAGAUAAAAUGGCUUCUAAAAACAGCAAUGAGAUUCAGUGUGUAUUGAAAGACAGAAGAACAAAUGACUAAAUGGUCUUGUUGCAAAUAAACAGUGCUUUCAGUUGUCAAAUGCAUUUUGACCAAGCUGUCUUCAGUGGCACAAAGGUAAAUUGUGUGUGAGGUUAUGUGCUCUUCAAAAUAAAAGAAUACAAUGAUGUUACAUUUAUAUAAUGAGCUGUUUCGUUAUUUGAACUUGUUUAUAAAUAAAUGUUUUAUCAUUA